AUGCUGCCUCCGUGGUCUGCUCCUGAUCCGCGCCCGGACUCGGCUCCUCAACCUUCGACUGUGCAACCCGUGGGGUGGCAGAGGGUGAAGUUGAGCCGCCGCCAAAGGCAGCGGCAGAACCGCCAGCAGGCACCGGGCCUGCCACCGUCUCUGCUGCAGACGCAGCAGCAGCAGCUACCUCAGGCACCGUUGCAGCCGCCAUCCUGGUCAAUACCAGCCCCGCCGUCUUUCCAUCGGAAAUUGUAUGGCGGCCCCUCUGUGCCGCGUCCAUGGGAGCCAGUGACGCCUCCCGCACAGCCUCCCCCUGCCGUGGUUCCUGGUGAGCCCCCAAUUCGUGUCAAGCAGUGCGUGAUGCACGUUGGGACGUGCAUGACGCUGCUCUCGUACGUGCUCGACCAGCUUCACGUGACCCUGGUGCAGCAGGAGGUGCAGAUCAAGGCGAUGCAGCCGGCGGAGCAGGCAGCGAUGGUGGCGGUAGCGGAGGAGUUGCAGCAUUACCUCCCCCUGAUUGGCUUUGUGCCAGGCUCCCGUGGGGCUGCCCUCACGCCUGGCCCUGGAGCUUUGGCGCGGCUUGCUGAUUCUGCCCAGGAGGACCCGCUCGACCUUGCAGCAGCAGCCGCGUCCGUCCUACCCUGGCUGGAUGGGAGGCUGUGUUGGAUCCUUGUUGAGUAG